UCAACUUUUCAUCUAUAAAUACAAUCUAAGCUAAGAAGCCUUUUAAUCCAUUCAUCCCCAUUAAAAAUCUCAAACAUCUUCAAUUCUCUCUCUAAUUACAUUCAACUAAAGAUGACUACACAAGCAACCUCUUCAAUAGCUCCGUCGUCGCAGGUGCCUUUUCAGCGGUCACCAUGGCACUCACCGGUGCCUUAUCUCUUCGGAGGCCUUGCUGCCAUGCUGGGUCUCAUUGCUUUUGCUCUCUUAAUCCUCGCCUGCUCCUACUGGAAGAUCUCCGGCGACAUGGAGAACCGGGACGAAAGUGAGAGAGAUCUUGAGGCCGGAGAUUCGAAACCCGACAAUAACAACAAGGAACCCCCUGUUUUGGAAGAGAAGUAUCUUGUAAUCAUGGCAGGACAAGCAAAACCAACAUUUCUGGCAACACCAGUUUCAAGCAGAGCCUCGUCGUUUGGUAGUUGUAGUUCUCGGGACAACACAUCGUCAGACAGCAAAUCGUCGAUUUCAGACGGGGAAAUGAUGGAUGAGAAGGAGAAACACGUAACAAACACCACCGACCAGGACAACACAGCUGAUCAGGUCCCUUAGUAUUGUAGACGCCAUAAACAUCUUUUUUCUUCUUCUUUUGAUGUUCAUGGAUUGAAAAGUGAAGAAAGUCAGAGUGUUGGUGACUAGAUCUGCUGAGUUGCAAGCAAGAUUUAGUAAGAGCUUCCAUUGGUGAUGAGAGGACAUUAUGUUUACAGGGAGAAAAAACUCAGAAACCUUCGAAGCUGGUCUGGAUAUAUUUGUAAAUUUUUGUAGACUACCAAAAUAUGAGAUUCUAAGUUAUUUCGAAGAAGCUGCAUCUACAUAACCGGGGCAAUUUGACUCAAAUCUCUUUUUAUUUUUUGUUUUUAAGAACAAUGGAUAAUGAAGAUUGAUGUGGAUAGAGUUGCUAUA